UUGGCUUAGCGGUUUAGCCUCACCACUUAAGAAGUUAAGACCGACAUAACAAUCAGAAUCAGUGUUCUUUUUCAGCGGAACCUGUAAAAUCAAAUCAAAUUCAAAAAAACCAAAACCCUAAUUACAGAAAUUCUUCUAAAGGUUAGGAUUUUUGCUUUACCAGCUUCCGAAUUUGUGUUCUUCCAAUUAAUUUUCUCCAGCAGUUUCCCAAUCAAAAUUAUAAUUAUCUGAUUCUCAAUUUGUGAUUAUCGUAGUAAUUUGUUGAAGCAAGCUUCAAUGGCGGCAGAAGAAGAUUCAAUUGAACAAGCAGCAGCAGAGAGGAGAGAAAGAUUGAGAGCUCUAAGAGCAGCUCAAGAGCUUUUCGAAACCCCAGAUGAAGAUUCGUCUCAACCCAAAAACAAUUCUGAGGAUGGAGAUGCUGAUAACAAUGAAGACAGUGGUCUUAGCUUGAAAUUUCGAAAUUACCUUCCUCAUGACAAACAUCUACAAGAGGGUAAACUUGCUGCACCAGAACUGCCAAAAUUUGAGGAUCCUGUUGCUGCAGCUCCUCCGCCAGAAGAAAAAGAGGAUCCUUUUCUGAACAUUGCACCGAAAAAACCCAAUUGGGACCUCAGGAGGGAUGUGCAGAAGAAGCUAGAUAAACUAGAAAAGCGGACACAAAAGGCAUUGCAUAAGCUGAUGUUGGAACAUGAGAAGCAGAGGCAAUUGGAGGAGGGAAAUGUAGCUGCUGAAGAAUGAAGUCGCCCAAUCGACAUAUGAUCUUUUGACCUUUUGGUGAGGAGACUAGCCGAGAUGCUAUUACUGUUAAAAAAAAACUGAGUCCAGCUGAAAUUCUUUCUAUAUAAAUGGUAAAUUGCAGCUGAGACUUGCUGAGCUGUAGCCAUAAAUCUUUCUACUCUAGGUCUGUAGUAUAUCAAAGAAAGGUUGGCAUCUUUAGUCACUUCUGAAGCAUCAAGUUGACAAGUUGUACUGUUGAGGAGAUUGUGCUUAGUAUAAUUAUCUGUUAAUUUGAUGCUAUAAGAAUUUUUGUCGUAGGAAACGCGCCUCUUUGGCUUUAUUUAAGAGUAAAAAUUUUGCUGUAAAGAUCAUCUUAUUCAUGUGACAGUGUCACACCUAAGUGUGUUUUCAAA